GCGGGGCCAGUAGUGCGCUGGCACUGCGGGUCGGUUGCGGCUGCGGAGCCUACCCGGCCUGAGAUGCCGUGCAAACGCAGCACCAAGUGUGCACAGACUCACGGUCAGACCGCGGGAGGGACCUGGGAGCGGCCACGGGGGCCGGAUCGCAUCUGUAGGCAGGGAGGAGAAUAUUGGUCCACAUCCCCCCCCCAACAGUCCCAAUCAUCAGACCCAGCCUGUGGAACUCGGUCCUGGGCAAGCAUCAUCUGGCGUGCAUCCGAAGAGUCUUUAGCUCCCAUCCACCUUCACCUUUGCUUGCUUUUGGUCUUCUGUUGGAAUGUCGCAUAUCCUGCUCCCUCCUCCCAUCUCCAGGAUUACUUUAUCCUUAGGAGAGCAAGAGCUCAAGCAGGGAAAGAGCCUGCCCUUUGGAUCCAGCACCAGCCGCUGUCCACCCGUUCACUUCCACACUAUCCUCACGUCUCCAUCAUGACACCCCUGCUCCCGGUGUUCCUGGUGGUUCUGGUGGGCCUGCCUGUGGCCCAGGCUCUGGAGUGCCACGUGUGUGCCUACAAUGGAGAAAACUGCUUCAAACCCAUGCGAUGCCCAGCCAUGGCCACCUACUGCAUGACCACACGUACUUACUUCACCCCAUACCGGAUGAAAGUGAGGAAGUCGUGUGUACCCAGCUGCUUUGAGACUGUGUAUGAUGGAUACUCCAAGCAUGCAUCCGCCACCUCCUGUUGCCAGUACUAUCUCUGCAAUGGGGCUGGCUUUGCGACCCCAGUGACCUUGGCCCUGGUCCCGGUACUCCUGGCCACCUUCUGGAGCUUGCUGUAAAGCUCUGUUCCCCUAGACAGACCCCACUCAAACACAAAGCUCUUAAGAGA